GUUCCCCAGCCAGGCAGGCACAGUGCGCAUGUGCGGCCUGGCGUCCUCAGCGCGCCUGCGCGGGCGCAGAGCCUUCCCCGCCCCACUCCCGCCGCCGCGGCUGCUGCGCUGACGGCGGUUGCCCGAGCUUCAGAGUUACUGAUUUAUUCUUGAGAGUCCUCUACUCUGAUCUGUCCUCAUGGAUGAACUCCAGGAUGUUCAACUCACAGAGAUCAAACCACUUCUAAAUGAUAAGAAUGGUACACGAAACUUCCAGGACUUUGACUGUCAGGAACAUGAUAUCGAAACAACUCACGGUAUGGUCCACGUCACUAUCAGAGGCCUGCCAAAGGGAAACAGACCAGUCAUUCUGACAUACCAUGACAUUGGCCUCAAUCAUAAAUCCUGUUUCAAUGCGUUCUUUAACUUUGAGGACAUGCAGGAGAUCACCCAGCACUUUGCUGUCUGUCAUGUGGAUGCCCCAGGCCAGCAGGAAGGUGCACCGUCCUUCCCAACUGGGUACCAGUACCCCACCAUGGAUGAGCUGGCCGAAAUGCUGCCUCCUGUUCUCACCCACUUAAAUCUGAAAAGCAUCAUUGGGAUUGGGGUUGGAGCUGGAGCUUACAUCCUCAGCAGAUUUACACUCAAUCAUCCAGAACUUGUGGAAGGUCUUGUGCUCAUUAACGUGGACCCUUGUGCUAAAGGCUGGAUUGACUGGGCAGCUUCCAAACUCUCGGGCUUGACAACCAACGUUGUGGACAUUAUUUUGGCUCAUCACUUUGGGCAGGAAGAGUUGCAGGCCAACCUGGACCUGAUUCAGACCUACAGACUGCAUAUUGCCCAAGAUAUCAACCAGGAAAACCUACAGCUCUUCCUGGGUUCCUACAACGGCCGCAAAGACCUGGAGAUUGAAAGACCCAUUCUGGGACAAAAUGAUAACAAAUCAAAGACGUUAAAGUGCUCUACUUUAUUGGUGGUAGGUGACAGUUCACCCGCAGUUGAGGCUGUGGUUGAAUGCAAUUCUCGCCUGAAUCCUGUAAAUACAACUUUGCUAAAGAUGGCAGACUGUGGUGGACUACCCCAAGUAGUUCAGCCUGGGAAGCUCACCGAGGCCUUCAAGUACUUUUUGCAGGGAAUGGGCUACAUCCCGUACGUGCAGCUCAGUCACCUGAGCACCGAGUCAGUCCCAUCUGCCAGCAUGACCCGGCUCGCCCGAUCCCGAACCCACUCCACCUCAAGUAGCAUCGGCUCUGGAGAAAGUGCCUUCAGCCGAUCUGUUGCCAGCAAUCAGUCAGACGGAACUCAAGAAUCCUCUGAGUCCCCUGAUGUUCUGGACAGACACCAGACCAUGGAGGUGUCCUGCUAAGCAAAUGCUCCUCCCCAGGACCAUGCAAGUCCAUCCUCCUUCAAACAGCCACUCCAUAAUAUAACACUUCAUCCAGCAACCUGGCAUCUAUCUUUAACUCCUGCAUGGCCACUGACUCUCUCUUUCUGGUAUCCUGGAUUUAUCAUCCUCUCUGCCUGCCCACCCCCCUUUUUGUAUGUACCAAGAACCACUUCCAUGCCAUUUCUGUAACAUUCCAACCUCUUUAGCUGAUCAGAUCUCCAUAUCUUCUCUUACCAGCUUUUCCCUGUGCUUUCCCAACUAUGUAUCUAAGAUUCUUUGAUCCUGACGUAUGUGUGUGAGCACGCGUGUCUGUGUUUGUGUGUGCAUACUUUUGUGAUUUUAGACAUGCUUUCUUGUAGAGCUUCUGCAGACAAAAACAAAGAAAGGGACUCUUUUUUUUUGCAUUUUCAGUGGUGUUUUUAGGAGAAAUAUGCAGAACAGGUUUCUAGGUUGAGUAGGCCAUUACAUUCUUUUUCGGUUCCUUACCGAUGGUCAAGAUUUGCGAAGUGACUUCAGGAGAGAGCAGAUCUGAGGAAGGUAGAAAAUCGUAAUUCCUGUUUGGACAGUUGAUUAUGACCAACAGAAGGAAGCCUGUUACAUAGAGAAGCAGGCCAGGUGGCCAGCCACCUUCUCCUGUCCAAUUGAAUUCAUGUAUCCUAUAAAUAAAAGGAAGGGAUAUGUUCUCUCAGAAGCCCAUGAACGAUGACAUUCUGAUGCAGUGUGGCAUUUUUCUGAAGGAAUGAGUGUGGCUUAAUUAUUAGACUCUCUUAGCGCAGGAAGGUGGAAAACGAAAUUCCAGGCCUCUGCUCUGUCGGAGCAAAAUUGAUCUCUCUGCAGUGUCCGAUGCCACACACCAGACAUCGGAAGGAGGUGCCUCCCAGGAGAAGAACUCUCCAUCUCUCCAUCCCCCCAGAAGGGAGAAGUAUGACCUGAAAAUUAUAUAGAUGUUGAGGAAAUGGCUGGAGAGAGAGGAACAGACAACACAAUAUGAUGAUUUAUAAGUAUAACCUUGAUUUCAGAAGACUUAAUGGAGACUAAAUGAAAGAUAGAACCCAUUUCUCAGAAGGUUAAUCCUGUGAACUCCCUCUUGUAAGAGGGAAGGGGCCAUAAGGGCACCCCAUCCAGGUAGAAUUGUGUUCGGUCUGCUGCUAUAUGAGGGGGUCACAGCCACCCAGAGAGUGUCUCCAGGAGGAGUGUGAAAACAGUUGCCACCCAGUAAGGGUCCCGCUUUGACAGCACAGAGAUGUCAGCUCAGGGUUACACAAUUUCAGUCCUAGGAAGGGGCUUUUCAGACAUAGCAUUCACUUUCUGCUCAGAUAGGGAAUGCAUCACUCUGCCGGAGUACGACUUUUUACAGAUGAUGAAAUAAAGCUGUAUAUGUCUCAUUGUUA